CGCACCUGUGGUGAGGGCUAGUGGCCAUGGCGUACUCCACGGUGCAGAGGGUGGCGCUGGCCUCGGGGCUCGUCCUGGCAAUGUCGCUGCUGCUGCCCAGGGUCUUCCUGUCCCGCGGGAAGCGACAGGAGCCGCCACCAGCACCCGAAGGGAAGUUGGGUCGUUUUCCACCCAUGAUGCAUCGUCACCAAGCACCCUCAGAUGGCCAGAGCCCCGAGGCUCGUGUCCAGCGGUCUCACCUUGCAGAGGCCUUUGCAAAGGCCAAAGGAUCAGGUGGAGGCACUGGAGGAGGAGGAGGUGGUGGACGAGGCCUGAUGGGGCAGAUUAUUCCAAUCUAUGGAUUUGGGAUUUUCUUAUACAUACUGUACAUUCUAUUUAAGCUUUCCAGGGGGAAAAGCACUGCAGAGGACCGGAAAUGCCCUACGGCCACACCCGGGAACGCCUACAGGAAAAUAACCAAUUUUGAGCUUGUUCAACUGCAAGAAAAACUGAAGGAGACAGAGGAAGCCAUGGAAAAAUUGAUCAACCGAGUGGGGCCCAAUGGCGGAAGCAGAGCACAGACCGUGACUUCUGACCAAGAAAAACGAUUGCUGCAUCAGCUCCGAGAAAUAACCAGGGUCAUGAAAGAGGGAAGAUUCAUUGACAGGCUCACUCCAGAGAAAGAAGCUGAGGAGGCCCCAUACAUGGAGGACUGGGAAGGUUACCCUGAAGAGACUUACCCAAUUUAUGACCUUUCAGAUUGCGUCAAGCGUAGGCAAAAAACAAUCCUGGUGGAUUACCCUGACCCCAAAGAGCCCUCUGCUGAAGAAAUAGCUGAAAGGCUGGGGAUGCCAGAAGAAUCUGACCACGUGGUCUGGGAACUGCCCACCGACCCCAGAGCCCGGGAGGAUAAUUCUGUUACAUCAUGUGACCCAAAGCCGGAAACAUGUUCCUGCUGUCUUCAUGAAGAAGAGGACCCUGCUGUCUUGGCAGAGAAUGCUGGGUUUGUCGCAGACAGCUACAGUGAGCAGGAGGGACCCGCCACAGACGUGUGGCCCCGGGACUUCGGAGUGGAGGGCUUGAGCGUCGGCGCCUACCAAGCGAGUACGUGUGGCACUCUGAGGAAGAGGAACCCGGAGGGUUUAGAAUGAGAACAGCCAGUUUGGGGAAGUAUCCAUUACUCCAGUCCCAAGAGGACCUGUCUCCCUCUCUCAGAUUUCAUCCUUGGCCUUGUACUUCAUCCCUAGUGUUUAAAUGUCAUAGCCAAUCAGGUGACAGCCACGGAUAUCACAUGUCUCCCCGGUGCUCCCUCACCUGUCACCUUGUAAAACAUCAUAGAGAUUAGUAGGAACACAAGAUGACUUUGCUCUUUUAUCUUCCUGCCUUUCCUCCGUCAGAGAAUUGAUCCACUGAGUAAUUAUGUUUGGUUUAUCAUAAUUACAGAUGGAACCAUUCAAAGGCAGAGGUCCAGUACUUUGCACUAAGAGUAACAGAUGGUUCACCUGUGAAUGAACAUCAGUUUACACAUGGUGAGGACUUAAGGUUGCAAGAGUGAAGAUCUCAGAGUCCAGGAUGCCUUAUUCUCUGGGCCUUGAGCAGGUUAGUGGUCCCCUGGAUUCAAGAGAAGAACAUUUGGUAUUGGGGGGUGAUGGGGCCAGAGCAGGGUGGGACUCUGCUUUGAGCUGAAGCUCCUUCCUCACAGCAAGGGCCCAAAGACUGGCACUGUCUUGAAAAUGAGCCCAGAGGUCUGCUGGGGGGCUGUUUUGCUCUAAUGUUGCCUGGAUCUCUAGCUUCCUUUAUCCAUGUUCUGCAUAACAGAACUGCCAAACCCAGAAGCACAUCUGUACCUCUUGUCUUCGGUGGCUGGAGGAAGCUUUAGGUAGAGACUUCAGUCCUAGCCCUGCAGAGCCUGCCCAAGGGUAGUGGUCCUGCUGUGAGCCUCAGAAGGCCAGGGGCCCGUGGCAGCCAUGGACGGUCCUUGCCUUGAAGCUGUUUUUGAAUGUUGUGCCCUCUGGGAAAUUCAUUUUCACACCCACAAGACUUGAAACAGAAACGAUCCGGUCUGAGCUUGUAGACAGAGUGCCAGCCCAGCAGGGAAGCGGCAGAGUGUCUGUUGAGAGAACCAGUGCGGCGGUGCCCAGGGCAGAGACCGUUUCUCCGUCUGCAGUCCGGUAUUUGGGUCUUCUGAGAGCUGGCAACAGUGGGAAGUGGGUCAGCACUGGGAGGGUUCUGACCAGACUACAGGCCUGAUUUCUAAGCUGCCGUCUGUCUUCUUAAGGCAAGAUGGCACCCAGUUACUCUGUCCAGUACGGACGAGUGAGUCCGGUUUACACGGGAGACCUGAGGUUUUAAAGAGGACGCAUCCCGAGGACGUUCCCAGUCGUGACGUGUGGACGACUUGAAAUUUAAGGAAUUAUGUAAAGGCAGAUGUGGCUUUUAGAGUUCAUUGUUUCUGGCACGAGAGGCCAGGAAAAUACUUUAAAUUACACAUACAAGUGCACGGACUGCUGUCAGAGGCACGGGAUCACACUCAGCACUGGUUACUACUAGACGGUCAUCGUUCAUCAGUGAACUACAGAGAAGUCACUGAAGACUGAGUCUUUAGAAAGUUUAUUGCAUCUGCCUUUGUGAGGAGCGUUUGAUUCACUUUAACAAAUGGAGUUGAAAAUGUGUUGAGAAAGAUCUAGAUGGAAUGUUAUGGGUAAAAAAUCAUGUAGGUGCUCUGUGCUCUCGGGAUAAGGUGUUUUCCAUGUCGUUUGCCUGCGGACACAGUGAGGGGUUGAUUUAUGAGGAGAGUCGUGGGCCCCUGUUCCAAAUGUCUUUUCUGCCUUAGGAUGUGAUGCCCUCCUCAGAGACAUGUGAUGCCUUCUAGCUAAUCCACUCAUUUAUUCACCUGGCAGACACUGCUCAGAACUAGGCAAUGGGAACAGAAGGCUCAUUUCCUACCUUUUAAAAACUCAGUUUAAUAUGGAAGCCUUAUCCAGUUUAUUUUUUAAAUGAACUAUAAACUGCAAAAGGGCUCAAGAUCAUGAAUUCUGCAGGCAGAGAAGUGUCAGUCAUGAGUCUGUCCUCGCCUGUUCUAACUGCAGGCUCUCAUCAGCCCCUGGAGCCUUCCGAGUCUUGGGUUCUCUUCUGUACAGUAGGGGGUAUCUUGGGGGGGGGGGUCUGUGGGUUAAAUGACAGCAUCAGUGACUAUAAAAUGGCAUUGGUCCUGUCUCGCGCAUGGCAACCACUUGGUCAGUGGUAGCUAAGGUUCUGUGCUAUAACUGAGAUAGGGACCCAAAUCUACAGGAAAAGAGACUUUGCCAAAGCACUUUGCAGAGGGUGUGGGUUUUGACGCAUGCUGAGAACUGAGAACUCCUCCAGGCGGCGAGGAGGAGAGGACAUUCUGGCAGAAACAGUGGUGUUGAGAAAGCAGUGGGGUGUGGAAGUACAUGGUUGUUCAGGUACUUUGAAGAGGCUGCUAUGUAAGGUGUUAUGUAUCCAAGUCUUUAUAUUGCACGUUAAUCUCUGGGGGAAGCUGACGCAUGGAAGUAGUUCCUGCCAGAAGUACAAGAGCUCACAGUGGCUCCUGGUGCCCGAGGCCUUGGUGGGUGCGUACAGCAGGAACUUACGUAUUUCUGUCUCGGAAAUUUUAUGUACUUCUCAAUCAUUUCCAAUUAGACAGCCUUUUUUUUUUGCAUUUUCUGGAGUUGUUUUUUCCUUCAGGGGUGACAAUUGCAUGUGAAUAUACAGUCCAGGAUGACCAAAAUCAUGGGGCUGGUUUCUAUUAUUAGCCUGAUGCCUCUUGGCUCAUUUCUCAGAACUGGUGUGGGCUGUGAACUUGGUCGUUCCCCUGGCACUGUAUCUGCUGCAGCCUUUGGCCACUGGCAGAGCAGGCACACCUCAGGGGGCAAAUAGUCGGCCUGGGAUACAACUGCAUCACCUGGGACUGUGCUUGGUAAAUCAGGUGGGUGACCCAGCCAGGAGAUGCUCUUUCCUGGUCGUAACAGGAGGCACAAGGAAAGCACCCUGUUAUGGGUGAGCUCAGGAAGCGAGGCCCCGGGAGCUGUGUUGACGAGUGGAAGCACGUUUGGCCUCUGGGAAAGAUGGCCUGCACCUCCUGUGGCUUGUGUGUCAAACAGCCUAUGGUCCAAACUGGGAAACUUGGGAAAAGGAGCUUCGAUGAUAAUUACACCAGGAUGAAAGGGAUACAUCAGGUCCAUCCUAGACGUAGGGUCUCCCUGUCCACGGUAUUUAAAAGAUCUCUCCUUAGCCGGACCACGAACACUACCAAAACCUCUCUCUCUCACCUUAUCCCCUGCGUGUGCUGUUCCCUGCACAGGCAGAGCCAAGGAGAGAGGCCACAGUUCCGGCAGGAAGGGCUCUUUGCCUACAGAAAAACUCCCAACCGAGGGCGAUAAACCAGGCCUCCUUACUACCACAUUCUUAAAAUUUCCCCUUAACCCAGACUGUAUUCCAGAGACGUACCUAGUACUUCAGUGACACCGAGAGAAAACAGGAAGUAGCCAUGCUGUUUUCCUGACCCUUUUAUACAAAUCUUUCUAAAAUGCACCUAACCUUUCCUCAUUGUUUCUUUCCCAUGUUGAUACAAAUAGGACAAAUUCCUUUUUGUUAGUUUAUUUUUCCUCUGAGCACCGUCUCCUCAUCUAUGAAUUUAGAAUACCACACCCACCUUGCAGGGCAGCUAGGAUGAAGCAAGGGAUGGUCUGUGGAGGGCCUGUCCCGGGGGCAGCGCGCCCUGGGUGCUUGGGACAGCGUCACAGCUGUCGUCAGGUCCUGGGCGGCUGCUCGGACACCCUCCAGGCUGCGGGCCACCAGUUUGACCACCUCCCUCAGGGUCAGACCGUGACCUUUCCCGUCUGCUUCCAACUGCAAUGGCAGCCUCCCUUGCUCUUGCCUUCAGACCUGCCACUGGUUGGAAAGAUUCCCAAGCACGUCCAAGUUCUGUUUAAGUGGGUCAGGCCCUGAGUCUUGAAGCGCACAGGGAGGACAGCUCUGACCCCUGACAUGGCUCCCAGACAAGCUGUGAUGCCCUCGUUACCACCAUCCUUCCCCCUGAGGUUCUUAGGACAGAGGAAUGAAUGGUGUAAAAAACAUGUUUUUUCUCCUUUUAUAGGAAAAAGAAAAUACACAGUAGUGUUGAAACAGUUCAAGUUUAAUUUGUUGAUAGAUGG